GUUAAUAUGACCGCCAGCCUCUUCCUCUUUCAACAUGCCUGCAGCGAUGCACCUCACUGUACUCGUGUUCCUGGUCUCUGUCAAUGUCUGCACAGGUAAGUCAACAUUUUAUAGAUUUUCCAGUUUAUGUGUUCGUAUGUUUGAGGAUCUGUUUAAAUGUUGAGUCAAAGUCUUAAAAAGAUGCAGAGUUAUUUAAAUAGGAAGCUUCCUGCAGAGGGGGGGACAGGUGAGCAAGCUCGUGUGAGGUAGUCUGAGGCAGGUUUUCUCUUAAUAUGCUGUUUGUAAAAUUUUAGCAUCUGUCAAAUCGUUAUUUAGUCAUUUAAGAGAUCGGGGUUCCAUGAGGAGCCUGUAAGAACCUUUUCAUACGACAAAAACCUCAAUAUUAAAGCAAUACAUCCUUGUGUGUGUGUAUACAAGGCAUUUUGUCCGUUAAAUUAUAAUGUGAUUUAUAUUAUUGGAGUGGACAAUGAACUGAUUUUUAGGUAAACCAUAAAAGUAACUUAAGGUAAAGGGGAAGUUCACGUCUGGGUGGAAAUUGAAGCAAAUAUUUAAUCAGUGAGCGGGAUCCUGAGCUAAACUACUGUGGCGUCUGCUGGGAUUUGCAAACACAGCCAAGGCGCAUGCUCACACACGAACACACACACAUACACAUGAUUCCAAACAUAAGUGUGUACCCCGGCAGUAAAAACAAAUCAUUCCCUGACGGACUGUUUAUACUCUUUUAUUAGAAAGGCUGCAGAGUCAACAGCCCUCGAACUGAACCUUACAAUGAACCACGACUCAGUGAUGCCAUAAAAAAAGCUCCAUCAACCGACAAAACAAUCUCACUUCACACUUCAUGUAGAGGCCUUAACAAAACUUUUGAUCACUGAAGAAAACACCUCUGUCAGCAGGUGGAGUAAAUUCUGAGGUUGGAAAAUGUGGUUGUUUGUUCUAUUUCUUGUUGGUUUCAUUCUGUCUUUAAGUUGAAGAUAUAACUUCACUCACUCCCCUGUACUGUGCCGUGCUGAACAAAUGUCUCACAUCAACACAACUUCUGUCAAAAGCUAAAAAUAUGAGGCAUUUUAACUGGUUAUGAAACUGACUAAAAUUAACACUAAUACACUUUAAUGACCUACAAACGUAAACAAGACCAUCAGCAACAAGACUGACAUAAUAAAAGGUUUAAUUUUUCCACUGCUGUGAUUUACGAUGGGUGAUAUACCUAAGUAUUAAAGGAAGGCAAGAGUAGAUUUUUUCAUUAUAAAAUGUAAUUCACACAUGUACAUAAUGAGAUUAGCAAAGGCAGCUAUGAAACUUUGUCCACAGGGGGCGCCGGAAUCCACACAAACUUAAAGCUCCUCACAAGAGCUUUAUUUAUUAAGACUUGAAGACACUCCAAAUUGCAUUUUGAAAAAAGACUCGCUUAUGUAACACACUUCUGAUAAAACCUACCACACCCUUAACAAACCUAAUUCAGAACAAUAUUUCAUUGUUGAAAGCACACAAUAGCUGCAGCGUUUUAAGAUGGAGUCAAGUUGCAGUGCUUUAUAUGAAGAACUGAAACUUCAUCAAUUGAAUUUCUAUCAAAUAAAAUUUGAAGAGUGUUUCUGAGAGACGAGGCGGAACUAAAAUCAAACUCUACUUGAUCAUGAUGAUUUUACUUCCCUUUUACAACUAAGCAACAUAUAAACUGUAAAUCAUUUCCUGGAUUAUGAAAUGUUGUUGCAACCUUCAUAUUUUAUGAAUUGAUAUGAAACAGUUUGAGGAUUCUGUAAAAGGUUUUGGAGCUUGUAGAUUGUGUUGUUGAAUUAUCCUCACAUGAGCUGCUCCUGGGGAGGUUUUACCUGGUUGGGGUCACCAAGAACUUAGAGGCUCUUAACAGAAAAUAACAAUGCUGGUGUUUAUAUUAGUGUGCUUCUCUGUGUUACUUUUAAGUUGAUUGCUUUUUAAUUGUGUAAUAAAUGUAUGUGAUUAAAGAGCAUCAAUCCUGAUAUCAACACUUUGCUAAAUCAUAGUAAUUUGAUUGAUAUCUUUACACUAAAAUUCUACCAGCUCAUUCAUUUUUGUUCCAACCAGGUCAAAAAUAAAAGGAGCAGCACUUUUUGUGAGGUGAUGCCCCACAGUAUCAGUGCCCUCAGAUAGACUGAAUCCACCAAUCUGUCUUGUGAAUAAAUUAAAAUUAAAAAAACCAAACUCAUCACCACUGGCCUCAUCAUGCUACAUAUCUUAGUUUGUUUCCUUUUUGUCUGUUCCUCUGCAGGCACCACAACUUCCUCUGCAGCUAAACCGGUCAAAGAGACAAACCCAGCUACUGCAAACCCUGUGGCUGUGACAAAGAAAAAUGAUGUCACUUUACCCACCUCAAAACCCGCCAAGGUCACACAGAGACCCCCAGCAUCUACAAACCAGCCUACGACUGCACUCCCUCUAGGAAAUGUGUCAACAACACCCACAGCUUCUGCACAAACUCCCAACACGACAGAGGGGACGCAAACAAGACCUCCACCCCAGAAUGCAACAACCAACCAAACACCCAACGGGACAGAGGGGACGCAAACAAGAUCUCCACCCCAGAAUGCAACAACCAACCAGACGCCCAACGGGACAGAGGGGACGCAAACAAGAUCUCCACCCCAGAAUGCAACAACCAACCAGACGCCCAACGGGACAGAGGGGACGCAAACAAGAUCUCCACCCCAGAAUGCAACAACCAACCAGACGCCCAACGGGACAGAGGGGACGCAAACAAGAUCUCCACCCCAGAAUGCAACAACCAACCAGAUGCCCAACGGGACAGAGGGGAUGCAAACAAGAUCUCCACCCCAGAAUGCAACAACCAACCAGACGCCCAACGGGACAGAGGGGAUGCAAACAAGAUCUCCACCCCAGAAUGCAACAACCAACCAAAAGCCCAACAGGACAGUUUCCCCACAAUCCACGGCCACACCAGCAACAGCGUCAUCAAACGAGAUGGCAUCCACCAUCGUUUUUACCACCGGAGUAAACAACACAAACACAACAGACCCAGGUCAGACUGCUGACAGUGCUUGUAUGAUCUUAAACUAUAUAACAAUGAUCAAUGAAAAGCAUAAAUUAACACAAAGGAACAGUCCUCUGGUGGUUGUAGGUGUUUAAAUCUUAUAUAUAUAUAUAUAUAUAUAUAUAUAUAUAUAUAUAUAUAUAUAUAUAUACAGAAUAAAUAAAUAUAUAUAUAUAUAUAUAUAUACAUAUAUAUACAUUUAUAAAGCUAGGAGAGAUGACUAUGAUAAAGCAAAAAGUUUCUAGUUACUUUUAUUUGCCUGAAAGCUUCAUAGAUUAUUUUCAACUGCUGCAGGCAAAGAAGAGAAUUAGUACAAGCCAUCAACUCAUGUCAGUCUGUCUCUUAAUUGUGCAACAGAAAAAAUAUAAAGUGAGAAAUUAACUAGAAGCUUGACUGCCGUCAUGUCAAGCUUGCAUUAACUUCCUUUUCUUCCCUGAGCAAGUCUGUUAAAUUUCAGAGAAGGUAACUUUUCAUUUGAAUCGUUUUUAGGUUUCUCAGGCGAGUGGAACAAAGGGGACCUGGCAGCCAAUCCGGGCCUGGUUGUCAUCCUCUGCCUCUUCUGUAUCAUCUUCGCCCUGGCGUUAGUGGUCACUGUCAUAAAGUGUUUGCAGUCACCGAGGUCCGACUUUGAGAGGCUUGAAGAUGUUCCCUUGGUAAGUCGGUGAGCAGACUUUAUAUUAGAUUAGAUACAACUUAAUUUAUCCUUUUUGGGAGUUCCUUAAAGAAAAAGAAGAUGUUUAGCUUGUCAUUUUUUAUUCUUAAAUACUUAGAGAUAAUAACAAAAUCUGAGCACAACACACUGGAGGAGACUGAGGAGAUUGUUAGCUUUAAAGGUCACAGGGCAUAACAGGCUGAAAUGUUGAACAGUAAGUGGAUGGAUGUUCUGCUUCAAGUAUUUUUUUCCUUUACCAGCAGGGGGCAACGCUGACUUGUGAUAGUGUUAAAUACACAGUGGGAUAAAGAAACAAAGGUGUGACUCAGAUAGCGCAGCACUGGCUUCUCCCACAGGGAAUUCAGUCUCUACCCUGCAUUGAAGAAGGGUUGGCACUGAAACAAGUCUUUGUUCGAGGUGUCAUUGCUUUGUCUUCCUUCUUCAGUAAUUAGCACAAGGUGGUUUUCUGCUCUUUCUGUCACACAAACAGGAAGCCUGUCUGCAUAAAUAGGUCUCAGACUCAGAGACGUGCAAUUAAUCAUUGCAACACUUUCUGUAAGAAUAAAUAGAAUCCAUCAGUGCAUGACAAUGUGUUCAGACUCUUUUUGAGGCUGUUUUAGAUGAACAUUUGACCAAGCUUCAGGUUAACAACUAGAGAAAAAGAUGAAGACACCUCUGCAGAGACAAAAGAAAAACACCUUGUGGGGUGUAACCACCGUCUCCAGUUAUCUGUACAUCUCUAUCGCCGUAUGGGUGUUGCUGCUAUAAAAACUGUUGAAUCAGGACAGUGUGUACAGCACAUAAACAUUUAAAGCAAAGUGUACAGUGCACGGCUGUCAGCAUAUGGGUCCAAACACAAAAUCAGCUAAUUCUGCAGAACGGGCAGGUGAGUAUGACCGACUAUUACCCAGCAGUCUUCAAUGCUGGAUCUUGACUGACAAAACCCCAUACUGGAUUUUAAGACUCACAGAUAAGCUAAGUGAAAGAGACAUCAACUAAAUUAGAGGAAAGAGACACAAAGCAACUACAGCAUUGUGUCGAGGAAACUGCCAACAGAUAUCAUGUGAAUAAAAACACUAAAACUUGUGUUUCAUGUUGUGUAAGUAAAGGAUUUUUAAAUUGAUAAAAUCACCACUGCCACCUCACAGCUAGAGAGCUCUGGGUGUUAAAUCUAAAAGGGGACUUUCCAUUUGGGGCAGAAAGUUUUUGGCUUUCUAGGAAAAGGGCAAAACUCUGUACAAACUGUGUCAGACCCUGAAUUUAAAUGACCCCAGUGCAUGAUGAGAUUCCCCCAUUUUUACAAAUGUUGUUUUAAUCCCUUUGCUGUCAUUUUUUUAUCUCUCCAGAGCAAAGUAAAUGAGGAGUCUCCAUUCGCCAAGUACUCAAAAUGAUGGAGGAGACUUUGUCUUUACUCAGAUCCAGAAUUUAGUCUGAUUUCGUCAGAAAUGUCCCCGACAGCAGCAGAAAUGGAUGUAUUCAAAGUUUUUUUGCUCUGCCUCUCUUUUUUCCCCUCAUAGCACUCUAUGUCUUUGAAAUACUUUGUGUCUGCUUUGACAAUUGCCCCGCUUAUUUGGCUGCUUUUCGAUUCAUUUUGCUGAUUUAGCUUCUAAAGCUCAACCAACCGUUGCACUAAAUCUUUGUUUGUGGUUUCUUUUGAAGGAACAUGAAGCUUUAAAUGCACAGAUUUGAAUGUUUUUGAGAUUGGUGAUAUGAUUCUUAUCCUGAGCACUUGAAAAUCAUACUCUUGCACUCUUGCACUAACGAAUGAGGAGAUAAGAAAUGCAGCACAUUAAUUUCCACAAUUGGGGGAUCAACAUACUUGCAGAUCCAUGGUUCUUAAUUAAAGUGUUUAUUUGAAUGAAUGAAUGGAUGAAUGAAUGAAUAUCAUCUACAUGUAUUUUUUUAAUUUUUGGUAGUUUUAUAUAUAUCAAACCACAAAGCUGUAGCUGUAAUGAACAAGUGUGUGCUUUUUUCAUUGUAUUAUUUAUUGCCAUACAUAUGAUCAGUACAAUGUGUGUAGAUUAAAGAUGGAUUGUGACAAUUUUGAAUUCCAAAAUAAAUUUGUUAUCUGACCAAAUAAAAAAAAAAAAACAGAACAGUUAAAUUACUCACACACACACACACACACUUACACACACAACAUCAACAAUAACAAGAUAGUGUUCACGUGGUUUUCUAUGUGGAUGUGACACUGGUGCAUGUAAUUCUUCACCAAGGGUUAUCUGUGUGGCAAAGCAGCUUUUCUUCUUCAGUUUCUAAUUUCAUCCUCCAGUGCACAGGUCUCCUACAGUUUUUCUUAAUCAUUUUGGUUUAUUAAGGAAACUGUUGUAACUGCCUUCAAACUGUAAGUGCAAAACUAAAAUACAUGUUUGCAAAAGGCAAUGGAAAACCUGAAAUUUUUCAUUUACAACUCAAAAUCUAGUUUUUCUGCCAGCUUAUCAGCCUGAGCAGUAAAAAUGAGCAGUUACUUUGUAAUUGUUUUAGCUGCACUGAUUAAAUGUAAAGAUGCUUUUUCUCCAUGUCAGUCGUGAUUUACAUUAUGAUUAUAAAUGGCACAAAAUUACAAACAACAUGAGAAUUAUUGAACAAGAACUUCCAACCUCUUAUAAACCACAAACUAAGUAGAGGAAGAUUUGGGCUUACUGUUUCAUAAAAUAUCUGUUUAAUAUGAGAACUGAGUCAAAGUGAAAAUGACACAGCCUUCUCCCUUUCAAAAAUUAAAUAAUCAGUUGUGGUAUAUUUUGCUAAAACUCCAAACCCCAAUCUGUGUUAAAACUCAGGGAAUGGAAAUACUCUUGUCUUUGUUAGUGGGGACCUUAAAUCAGUCUUUUUGUGUGCAAUACACACUUGGCUGUCAGGGAGAUGUAAAGUGUGAAACCAUAAUAUUUACAAUGAAAAAAUACAUGUAUUAACUGUACAUUUGCUGUCUUUUGCCUCUUUAUAUUUGUUUUUGUUGUCUUGAUUUCAACAAUAAAGGAACCACAGCCAAUCUGUUAUCUGUUGUCUUGUCAUGAACACUUGAACACAGAGAGUUUCCCCUGACAGAUAAGCCAGACUCUGGAGAUAAAAUAAAUUGUCUGGGCUGUUUGAUGGUGAGGAUUACCCAAAAAUGGUCUGUGUGAAAGUGUGUCCUGAUAGGAAUGUCUGUGAGUCAAAUAUCACUACUGAGACACUUUGGCAGUCAACACACAGUGGGUGGGAGUCUGAAUAACAGGCCCAGAAACUAUAAAUCUGAUAAACAGAUAUGUGAAUAUCAGGAAGUGUGAGUGAAGCUUUUCUUUGGAGUUAGUUUUGCAUGCUGGUUGAUUUGGGUAUUCUUUGUUUUCUUUUUUUUCUUUUUCUGUGUGAAUCACUUUGUACAACAUGGUUGUGUACGAAAAGUGCUAUAUAAAUAAAGACUGAUUGAUUAUCUUAUCUUA